UCUUCAGGAACAACAACGCGGAUACUCUUUCAACCACCCCGGUAGCUUGCUAGCCAACAUAAAACUGAAAGGUUUACGUUUUAGACCAUGUUUGUGUACAUUAGCUAAUCCCAGUGUUUUAAACAAAUUUCGGUUUGACGUAUCAACUGCUUAACUUUAACCUAAUUUGCUUGUUCAAUUUGCAAACUUGUUAAAGAUUGAUUCUGAGCCUAGCACUAGGCUAGUCGCUAAUGCUAGCUAGCUAACAUCCCUGACCAUGAGCACACCAAACUACUCCUCCCUUGCUAAUGACGAGGGGGUCUGCUGUAUGGAGAAAGAAUCUUUCAGAAUGAAAAAGGAGGAAGAGGAGGCUGUUAUAGUGAAAGAAGAGAAAGAACCUUUUAGAGAGGAAGAGGAUGCUAUUUCAGUAGAGGUGAAGGAUGAAGACGUUUUGGGAGUGAAAGAGGAGGAGACAGAAGAUCCGAUUUACACCAGAGAGAGACAUGACUAUUGUGGAUCCUCUGGGGAGCCUCAACAACAUCCUGCUGACGAGGAAGAGAAGAGUCUCUCCAGAUCAGGACACCAGAUGGACAACGCUAGCCCGUCCUCCCUCCCGGAUUCCCCGUGUCGUGCCUCUCCCGGUAGCACCUUACUGCUGGGUAUGAAGAGGUUGUCUGUGCUGCAGGUGGACUGCAGGAAAACAACGGGGCUGAGUGGAACUGUGAGAGGAGGAGAAGAGAAGAAAGGAUCAGAUUUGACUCAUCAAAGAGAAAGACCAGACUCAGAGGAACCAGAGCCAGGGACAUCCAAACCAGCAAGACGACACCAGUGCUCCCACUGUAGAAAGGGUUGUAACCGGUUAUGGGACCUGAAACAGCACGAGAAAAUACACCACUCCUCCCAGUGUGGAAAGAGUUUUAAGGGUUUAGGAAACCUUAAAGCUCAUGAGAGAAUACACACAAGGGAGAAGCCGUACCACUGUUCCCGGUGUGGAAAGUGUUUCAGCCAGUCAGGGGAGCUGAAACAACAUGAGAGAAUACACACAGGGGAGAAGCCUUACCACUGCUCCCAUUGUGGAAAGAGUUUUAGGGUUUUAGGAAACCUUAAAGCUCAUGAGAGAAUACACACAAGGGAGAAGCCUUACCACUGCACCCAGUGUGGAAAGUGUUUCAAUCAGCCAGGGCAUCUGAAACGGCACGAGAGAAUACACACAGGGGAGAAGCCUUACCACUGCUCCCAGUGUGGCCAGUGUUUCAGCCAGAAAGGAAACCUGAACCAACACGAGAGAAUACACACGGGGGAGAAGCCUUACCACUGCUCCCAGUGUGGAAAGUGUUUCAGCCAUUCAAGGGAGCUGAAACAACACGAGAGAAUACACACAUGGGAGAAGCCUUACCACUGCUCCCAGUGUGGAAAGAGUGUUACGCUUUUAGGAACCCUUAAAGCUCACGAGAGAAUACACACGGGGGAGAAGCCUUACCACUGCUCCCAGUGUGGAAAGAGUUUCUGCCAGCCAAUGGAGCUGAAACAACACGAGAGAAUACACACAGGGGAGAAGCCUUACCACUGCUCCCAGUGUGGAAAGAGUUUUACGCUUUUAGGAACCCUUAAAGCUCACGAGAGAAUACACACGGGGGAGAAGCCUUACCACUGCUCCCAGUGUGGAAAGUGUUUUUGCCAGUCAGGGGAGCUGAAACAACACGAGAGAAUACACACAGGGGAGAAGCCUUACCACUGCUCCAUGUGUGGAAAGAGUUUUAACCAGAAAAGCAACCUGAACCAACAUGAGAAAAUACACAGAGGGGAGAAGCCUUACCACUCCUCCCAGGGUGCAAAGUUUUUGCCCAUUUAGGAAGCCUGAAAGAACACAUGAGACUACACACAGAGGAGAAGGCUUAGAAAUUGCUCAGACUGGGAAAACAUAUUACUCAUCACAGUCACUUGAACGUCAUGAGAGAAUCCACACAGAAGAGAAGAAUUACUUGUAUAUUGAUAUUUCAUAUCUCAUUUACUUAAAAUUCAUCAGAAAACAUACACAGUGCUCCCAUUGUCUUAUAUUGUUGACUGAUAAUGUGUUUACUUGUUUUUACCGUAUGAAAUUAAAUGGUACAAGGUAUACUCAAACAUAUAUUUGUUUGUUUUUAUUAGAAAACAUGACUUUAAUAUGGAGUCUGUCAUUUUGAAUAUAGAGUAGAUCAGAUUCCAUGUGUUUAAAUGGUCCUUUUAAAACUCUGACUGUGUGUUUAUCUGGGUGUGUCAUUCCUCCAGCACUACAGAUAAUACAGUGAUAUUUGGAUGUGAUGCAUUUGCUCCAUUGUUGACAUUUGCAUUUUUGGCCCACUGAUGAUUUAAUGAAAUUAAAAUGUUCAGACUCUGUAAUGGAAAAUGUUAAUUGUAUGUGUCCACAUAACUGAGUAUGUGACUAACCUUGUGAAACGGUCCUAUUAUAAUCUCCUGUUCUUGGGAGUAUCAUUCUGUGUUGCAAACUUUGUAUGAAUAAAGUCCCGCCCAGGAACAGGAAACUAUAAAGAUAUGUGCUCAUCACCCAAUGCUUCAGGAAUUCAGACUGUCUACACUGCGCUGUGUAACUGUUAUUCUCUCUGAGCUCAGAAAUAAAGAAUCUUGGUUUGA